CUCCGAUAGUUUAUGUCAAUAUUUUGCGUACGACGCCCAACGUCAUUAAUUAUUUGAAUUUUACGGGUGUGGCAUCACAUGCUGCCCGUUGUAUCGGCCCCAACACUUUAGCCAUCACCAUCCGACCGUCGAGGGUAGAACGCCCAAACCUCCGCAAUUUCAAAUCUGGCGGGAGCCAACGCAUGGUGAGCAAACAAAGAAGACCUGGAUGGUAAUAAAACUACGAGGCUUUGGUAUCAAAUCCCUUCUCGCUUCCAAAAGCUUAAUACCACUCACAACACCUCGCCAUGUCCAUUUUUCUCCCCAAGGCUUCAUCCAGAAAUCCCUGUCUCAUCCUCUACUCACUUGCUCCUUCUCGGGCCACCACCUGUCUGACGAAAUGCCUCAAAGGGGUGGCAUUGUCUUCCACAUCCUAAAACUCCUUAAACAUACGUCGCUGGAUACCAACCUCAUUGCUUCAAUACAUUGCUUAUCUGUUAAAAGUGAUGCUAUCUCUGACCUCUCAGCUCGCACAUCCCUCCUCACGGCAUAUGCCAGAGCCCAUGAUCUGGAUUCGUCCAUGGCUCUCUUUGAUGAGGCUGUUGCCCGAGAUGUGAUCAUUUGGAACGCCAUUAUCAAUGCAUUCGUCCUUAAUCGCCACUUCCAAACUUCUAUUGUUCUUUUCCAAGAAAUGGUGAAGGGUUUUGGGGAAUACGAUUCAACAACACUGGUUAUCAUGCUGUCAGCUUUGUCUCGUACCCAUAACUUGAGGCAUGGAACAGCUCUCCAUGGGAUGAUCAUUAAGAGAUGUUUUGACUUAGAUGUUUAUCUCUGUAAUGCUUUGGUUGAUAUGUAUGCCAAGUGUGGUGAUUGGAACUCUUCAGAGCUUGUCUUUGGAGGGAUGGAGGUCAAGGAUGCUACUUCAUGGAAUUCUAUGAUAAAUGGAAGCCUCUAUAAUGAUCUUCCAGUAAAAUCUGUUUUCUAUUUCAGGGAAAUGAGUCAUUCGUUUGUUAGAGCAGAUGAAGUUAGUCUAUCAGGUGUGAUCUCCGCAUGCUCUUAUUUGGAAGAGUUGUUUGCUUUUGGGGAAUCAGUGCAUGGUUGGGUGAUCAAAUUGGGGUACCAGGGGAUCCCUCUUUCUUCUGUGUCCAAUUCUCUUAUUUCCUUCUAUUCUCGACAUGGAGAUGUGGAAACUGCAGAGGUGGUAUUCAAAAGACUUGUUCAUAGGAAUGUGGUUUCAUGGAAUUCAAUGAUAAGUGGAUUGAUGGAGAAUGGAAGAUUUGAUCAAGCUCUUGACUUUUUCCGGGAGAUGCAGAAGACAUCAGCAACACAACCUGACAGUGUAACAGUGGUUACUGUUAUUCCAGUCUGCGGUGAGCUAAACCUGCUUCAUCGAGGGAAAUCAAUUCAUGGGUUUACCAUUCGGAGGGAACUUGAUCGCAUGGAUUGCACAAUAGCAAACAGCUUGCUUGAUAUGUAUCUGAAGUGUGAUGAUAUAGCAACUGCAAACCUUCUCUUCAGAACCAUGGCUAACAGAGACUUGAUCUCAUGGAACACGAUGAUCUCUGGGUACUCACAAAAUAUCUCAUUAAAAAGAGAGGCUAGAGUUCUGUUGUCUGAAUUGCUCCAGACAGAUCUGGGAUGUAGCUUGGCUACUCUGCUAGCUAUUCUUCCUGCUUGCACUUGCCCCAAAGAUCUCAGCUUUGGGAAAGCAGUUCACUGUUGGAUGCUCAAGUUUGGAUUUGCAAACACUGUUUUGGCUGUCAAUGCCCUUAUGCUCAUGUACAUCAAUUGUGAGGAUCUAACAGCAUCUUCUGUGCUAUUGAAAAGCAUUCUGUCUGUAUCAGAUGUCAUCUCAUGGAAUACAAUCAUAGUAGGCUAUGUGCAAAAUGGCUAUUGCAAAGAAGCACUUGAAGCCUUUGUAUUUAUGCGCUGCUCUUUGUUUCUAAAUCCUGACUCAAUCACAUUGGUUAGUGUUCUGUCAGCAUGUGGUCAUCUUGAAUCACUGUUCCAUGGCUGUUUUAUCCAUGCUUUUGCAUUGAAGAGUUCUGUGGACUGUGAUGUUCGGGUGAGAAAUGCAUUGAUAACCAUGUAUUUCCGAUGUCAGGAUAUAAUAAGUGCUGAAUCAGUGUUUCAAAUGGAUGGUGAUCGAAAUUUGUGCUCAUGGACUUGUAUGAUAUCUGGUUUUGUACAGAACAAGGAGAGUGGAAGAGCUUUGGAAAUAUUUCAUCAUAUGGAAGAUUUUGUUCCUAAUGAGAUCUCCAUUGUUGGCAUUCUAUGUGCUUGUACUCAAUUAGGAAAUCUUAGGCUUGGUAAGGAAAUAAAUGGCCAUGUGUUUCGUUUUGAACUACAGACUAAUGUUUUUAUAUCCUCAGCGCUGGUGGAUAUGUACAGCAAAUGUGGAAGACUAGACACUGCUAUUCGAGUAUUUGAAAUUUCUGCUGAGAAAUCUAUUUCCUCUUGGAACUCUUUGAUAUCAGCAUAUGGAUUUCAUGGGCAUGGAAGAAAAGCCAUUGUGCUUUUCUUGAAGAUGUGUGAAUUAGGUGUCGAAGCUACCGAGAGCACCUUCAUUGCUCUAUUAUCAGCAUGCAGCCACUCUGGACUGGUUGAUGAAGGAUGGAAGUUUUACAACCUCAUGUCAGAGAAAUUUGGGAUUCAUCCUACUGUCAAACACCAUGUUUGCAUGGUUGAUAUGCUUGGUCGUGCCGGAAGGCUUGGAGAAGCUUAUGAAUUUGUUAAGAAAAUGCCUGACAUACCAGAACCAGGUGUUUGGGGAGCUCUUUUAAGUGCUUGCAAUGAUCAUGCUGAUCUUAAACUGGGAAAAUCUAUUGGAGAGCAUUUAUUUGCCUCUGAACCUGAAAAUGCAGGUUAUUAUGUUACAGUUUCUAACUUAUGUGCAUAUUAUGGUUUGUGGAGUGAUGCAGUAAACAUUAGGAGCAUGAUCAGAGAUAGAGGACUAGUAAAGCCUGCAGGUCGCAGUGCCGUUGAUGUUUUGAAUGGGUGAAGAAAUUUCCAUCCUUAUUUGCAUCCAUACACAUUUUUAAAAUGAAACACAAACAUCCUUCUCUCUUUUUGCUUCCUUAUAAGAGAGUGAGCAGUAGUUGGUGAGAGCCAACAUAUGGUGACUCAAUAGGAAAUGCACACUUUUUUAUGUGGUGGCUUUUUGGGUCAUGGCUGCUUCAUCUAUCAAAACCUACAUUUCUUGUCAAGGCAACUGAUAUUGGAAUUCCUCAUUUUGGUUCUAUUAGGAGAUGAGUUUCUGGUGGAAUAUCAAUUCGAAGAACAAGUCUUACUUUGGGACCAAGUCACUGGCUACAGAGCCUUACAAUGUCAAAUGUAUAUAUUGUUCAAGAUUGAAAGAAGCCUGAAGAACAAGUUGAUAAAGAAAGCACUGCUACGUACAAGAUAGUAUACAAUUCAUUAGCUACAUAGAACUCUGAUUGAUUCUACCACUGGGAUAUUAGAAAGCAAUAACCAAAUGCAUUGGUAAUUCGGCGCAACUAUUCAAUGUAAAGCUUCAUGAGCCAUACGUGUGAAACCUUUGAUUAUCUACCAUAUCUCAGGCCGAAGAAAGUAAUAAAUUGCUCCUGUACAGCACCAAAUUGUUGUUCAACAGGCAACUAGCCAUCUCAAAGCAAACAAGAGAUACCUGAAAAGAUUGCUGUUAGCUUGUGGUGGGGAUUCGACCAAGCUGGCUUGUUUAUGAGCAUAUUCUUGGGGAAAAAUACACUAUUUUGGAUAUUGUUAGAAAUCCUCACUCGUGCACAAUCCUGAUAAACAAGUUUUUUCCCCUUUAUUGUUUGAAAUUUGAAGCAUCUUCUGUCACACUCACAGCCAACAAAAAUUUGACGCAAUGCAAUCAGUUUUUUGUAUCAUAAACCUCAAUUUUUUAUAUAUCCCUCACCAUCAUCUGUACAACAGGACUUUAUGAUCAGUUUGUGUUGUUCUUGAAUCUGUUAAAAAUAAAAAUGAAGAUAAAGCUGUUAUCCUUGUGA